AUGAUUGGAAGCGAUUUUAAUACAGUUAUAGAUUCAUCUUUAGAUCGAUCAGCUCGGUGUAAUCUAUCAGAUAAAAGUUGUGCAGAUCUGACCUCAGUUCUCAGCUCAAACUCCUCAACUCUGAGAGAACUGAACCUGAGUCAUAAUAAACUGCAGGAUUCAGGAGUGAAGCUGCUCUCUGCUGGACUGAAGAAUCCACACUGUAAACUGGAGAAACUGUGGCUGAAGUUCUGCAGUAUUACAGAAGAAGGCUGUGCUGCUUUAGCUUCAGCUCUGAAAUCAAACCCCUCCCACCUGAGAGAGCUGGAUCUGAUGCUCAAUAAUCCAGGAGAGUCAGGAAAGAAGCUGCUCUCUGAUCUACAGAAGGAUCCUCACUUUGAACUGGAAACACUAUACAUCUAAAGACCUGACCUACUCUCUUCAUCCAUUCCUGUUUACCAGUGAUCAUGGAUAUCUAUACUUUACUGAAGUCAUUAUUUCUCAGAGGACUUUUUAUUUCUACUCCAUUUUCACGCAAUUAUCUUAAUUUUCUACAUACUCAUACUCAUACUACAUACUUACAUUUUACAAUAGCUUAGGUGCUCCUCAGAUUUUUUUCAUUUCGUGCACUUUAGGACAAUGUGGCGUGGCCUAAGCUUUUCUUCUUAUGGCUUUAUUUUUUCCCCUUAGAUUAAUUUUACUUUUAUACUUUGAGUAGUUAAAAGCAACUUGUACAGAAGUAUUUUAAACCCUAGUAUCUGUACUUCUACCUGAGUGAUAGAUGUAAAUAUGUUUGACACUUUUGAGUAGGAAAGUGGGAGCCUUGUCUGUCAUAAACUGAAUUGUCUUACAUUUUGCCCAGGAUAUUUUGGUUCCAGUAGAUUUUUAAUUCCUGCUUAAAGCUAGGGAGAGGCAGAGGGGCAUUUUACAAACCUCUCUCUCCUUCUUAUGUACACUUACUCUGGGAUGUGCUUUCUUACUCUCUGUGCAACAGAUCUCAUACAGAUACUAUACAAACAGUCUAGCCGUUAUUCAUAGAUGGUAUUUGCCUUUAUUAUAAUAUGCUAUGUGGGGUGUUGCAUUAUUAUUGUAUUCAUUAUCCAGAUGUUAUAAGUAUUUGUAGAACCUUCAUUACUGUAUUGAUUAUCCAGCUGCAUAAAUUGUGUAUUAUAGCCAUUUACUGCAUUCAUUAUCCAGAUGUUAUAUGUAUU